AUGUCUCAACCCACUGGAAUAGAUGCUAGUGUUGUUCCAACAAAUACUCUACAAGAUGAACUUAAGCCUAAUUUCGGUGGCAUCCCAACACAAGCAUUAGAUGCUGUUAGAAUGAGGUUAGCACAGCUUACACAUUCUUUGAGGAAAAUUAGAGAUGAUCUUUCUCGUGCAGAACUGCCGCAAUGGUACUCGUUACAAUCCCAAUUAAACGUUACUUUGGCACAACUGGCCUCUGUGACAUCUACUUUACAACACUUCCAAGAUACUUUAGAUUCUACAGUGGUUUAUCCCCUACCAAAAUUCCCUACGACAUCACACGAAAACUUAUUGACCACAUUAUUAAGGAAAAAGAAUGCACCAGACGUUGAUGAAUGGAUUAAUAAUUCAAAGGAGGCUUUAGGCAUGGAUCCGAACGUGCAAAAUGUGAAGGAAUUGGAAAGAUCAUUACAAGAAGAUAAAGAUAUUACGAAAUGGGCGUUAGAAACUGUUGCCACGGAAUUUGAAAAACAUAAUUUCAAAAAUAUAUCUGAGAAUGACCUGAUAAAUAGAAAUAUUACAGCAAAUACUUCAUAUAAACCGAAGAAGCCAUUUUCUGUCGAAAAUAUACUCAGCUUCACAUACCGAGGCGAAACUAAGAAUCCAAGUGAAGCUGCCUAA